GCAGAACACAGUCAUUCCUCACAUUUACCUGAAGAAAGGAAGUGCACAGAUCUUAUAAGAAACAAGCACAAAAUCCUGCCUGCUUUCCAGUCUCUAAGAAGAAUGAGAAUAAUUGAAAAUACGCUUAUUACAGCUCUGGGUACGUUUCAUCCUGGAAAUCUGUCGUUAGGUGGUGGCUCCAUUGACCCAGUGAGGCUGGCAAUGUUAGCAGUUAAAAGCACAUAAGAAGACUCGGAAGCAGACCAUGCAGAAUUGUCAGGUAGAAGAUUUAUUGGGAAUAGCAGAAGCUUCUAUGUAAUUAAUCCACCAUAAAUAAAGAACAAGUGACUUGGACCAAGGCAAACAAUAAUCUUUGGGACCUUUCACGUUCUUGGACUUCAGAUUAGAAUGAAACAUACUUAUAAAAAGAUAUUGUCGGCCAUCUCCAGUCGUUUAUUAUUUGCCCUACAUGGCGCUGCUAUGGUGACACUACUGGUGCAUUAUACGGGAGAGAAGUCCUUCUGGAUUCUUUUUUGUGGAGUAUUUCUCUUGUUCAUUGAGAUGAUCGUGACACUGAAAAUGACAAAACAUGGAGAAUGGAAAUGGGUAUCUCCGGUGGUGUUUAUAUAUUUAUGGACUAUGAUUAUUCCUUCUGUAUUUUUGAUGGAACUCGAUAGCCUAAAACAUAGGAUGAAUAUUACUAACCUAACGUAUCAUGACUGCACUGAAACCGUCUACAAAAAACAUGCCAGAAUGGUGCAGGGCUUGGAAGAGUUAAUAAUCUUGGUUCUGAUCAUAGGACGUUGGCUGCUGCCAAGAGGUAAAAUGACCCGAGCCCAACUCUCUGAGCUUCUUCUGACAAACCUUGCUUUAGGUGCAGAUAUUCUGGAUAUUUUACAACUCAUGAAGGAGCCAUCGGUAAAAACCAACCAGACUAUAACUGUGAUGGGACUGUGUCUAUUCAGUUGGGCAAUCAUGCAAUUCACAAUAGUGUUCACCCAAACGUUGUCUACUUUACCUCCAGACGCAGAUGUUGAUGGGCGGUUUCAUUCAUCAUCUGAAUUAAAGAACUGCAUAUUGUCUGUAUGUUGUACCAGUGAGGUCUGGAGUGUGAUGAUCUCAGUGGGAAUGCAGGAUGGACCCUUUCUCAUUUACCGUUUGUACUUGGUAGCGAGAGAGGACGUGUUUAAUGAAUCCAUGAUAUUUUUUAUAUGCAAAAACAUUUUGACAGUUAUUAUACAAAUAGACAGAGUUGUUGUGUUUCUUAUCAAAGAACAUCGCAAAAGUAAGAAGUUUAAACAAUCUCAUUUAAAUUUAGAAUAA